GGGGGCGGGGCUUCGGUUGCCAGGAAGCGGCUUGGGCAGAGGAGGCGUCUCGCUGAGUUUACGCUGCAGGCAGCUGCACCCGAGGCCGGCAGCGGAGGGGACGGUACCAUGAGUCAAGACGACAGAUUUGCUUUCAUUGCAGAAUGGUAUGACCCAAACGCUUCACUCUUUCGACGUUACGAACUGUUGUAUUAUCCGAAAGAUGGGUCAGUUGAAAUGUAUGAUGUGAAGAACCGUCGCACCUUUCUGAAACGCACAAAAUAUGAUGACUUACACCUAGAAGAUUUGUUUAUAGGCAACAAAGUUACUGUCUUUUCACGUCACCUUUCCCUAGUAGACUAUGGGGAUCAAUACACAGCCCGCAAGUUGGGUAGCCGCAAAGAAAGAACACUGGCUUUGGUUAAACCUGAUGCAGUACCCAAGAUUGGAGACCUAAUUGAUAUCAUCAUUAAUGCUGGGUUAACAAUAACUAAAGCCAAAAUGAUGGUACUUUCACGGAAAGAAGCAAUGGAUCUCCAUGUAGACCAUCAAUCAAAGCCCUUUUACAAUGAGCUUCUCCUAUUUAUUACAAGUGGUCCUGCUGUUGCCAUGGAGAUUUUAGGAGAUGAUGCCGUGUCUGAAUGGAAGAAGUUACUGGGACCUGCAAACUCUGGCGUGGCUCGUUCUGAUGCCCCGGGCAGCAUUAGAGCAAUGUUUGGAACAGAUGGCAUAAGAAAUGCAGCUCAUGGCCCUGACUCUUUUGCUUCUGCUGCUCAAGAACUGGAGUUGUUCUUUCCCUCAAGUGGAGGCCGUGGUCCAGCCAAUAGUGCAAAAUUUACAGACUGUACUUGUUGCAUUAUUAAGCCUCAUGCUGUUAAUGAAGGGCUAACUGGAAAGAUCAUAAAUGCCAUCCUUGAAGGGGGAUUUGAAAUCUCAGCUUUGCAAUUGUUCAACAUGGAACGUGCGAAUGUGGAAGAGUUCUAUGAGAUUUACAAAGGUGUUGUUGCUGAAUACACUGAGAUGGUUACAGAACUGUGCUCAGGGCCUUGCAUAGCACUAGAGAUCAGGCAGCUUGAUCCUCAAAAAGUAUUCAGAGACUUCUGUGGGCCUUCUGAUCCUGAAAUAGCCCGUCACCUCCGACCUGGAACCCUGCGUGCCAUCUUUGGUAAAAACAAGAUUCAGAAUGCUGUGCACUGUACAGAUCUACCAGAGGAUGGACUUUUGGAGGUCCAGUACUUUUUCAAGAUUCUGGACAACUGACAGCAGAACAUGGAACUAUCUUGGGUUCCUGAACGAAAGACUGACACAAGGAGAGAUGUGUUCAUUCAUUUAUUGUCCAAUGUUUUAACCUGACUGAAAUACAAGAGCAAGAGCACUGUACUCCUGGCUAUUUAUUACAUAUGUUAGAACAUAGAGUGCACUUUAGACAACAUUUAACACCAUUCUAUGGGGUACGGCAUUGCUUUUUAUAAAGUUCAAAAUAAAGAUUUAUUUUCAAACAA